AUGUUGAAGUCCAAGGCUGAAAUCUCAGAGAACAGAUACUUCGGAAGCAUAUCUGCCUCCGUCGCACCAUUCAAGAAUUUAUUUCCUAAAUCGAAGCAAAACAUGAAUUUAAUGCGCCGUGCGAAGUCCAAAUCGAACAGUGAAAACAUUGCACCCCCGGAUCCAAACAUUCAGAUCAGCGAUCCUCCACUGUCAGGUUCAAUUUCAUUACCCAAAAAAUCACCUAGAAAACCCUUUGUAAAUCCCUACAAAGUGGAAGAUACCACCUCCGUGGUGGAAGAUAAAGCACCCAAUGCCCCAGAUACAAUUGUCAAGGUUGUGGCGAGAUUAAGGCCCAGUAAUUACUAUGGAGGUGGAUUUCAGACGGUUAGAAAAGUUUCUAACGAUUCAGUAUCUGUUGGUGACAGAAAGUUCACCUUGGAUGCGGUUUUCGACUCGAAUUCAACUCAGGAGGAAGUAUAUCAAUUAGUUGGUUCCCCUAUCGUGAAGGAUGCAUUGGCUGGCUACAAUACAUCACUCUUGGCUUAUGGACAGACUGGGAGUGGAAAGUCUUACACAAUGUGGGGUCCCCCAAGUGCCAUUGUUGAGGGUCCAUCAGCUAGUGGUCUUCAGGGUAUUGUGCCUCGCAUUUUUCAAAGUUUGUUCUAUGAGAUUCAAAAAGAGCAAGAGAAUUCUGAUGGUAAACAGAUAAAUUACCAAUGCAGAUGCUCGUUUCUUGAGAUAUAUAAUGAGAAAAUUGGAGAUCUACUGGACCCGACACAGCGAAAUCUAGAGAUAAAGGAUGAUGCCAAAUAUGGAUUUUACAUAGAGAACUUGACUGAGGAGUACAUAACCAGUUAUGAGGAUGUCAUCCAAAUUUUGAUUAAGGGGCUUACGAAUAGAAAGGUUGGUGCUACAAGCAUAAAUUCCAAGAGUUCCAGAUCACAUACUGUAUUCACGUUCACAAUUGAGUCCUGGUGCAAGGAAUCCUCAUCAAAAUGCUUUGGUAGUUCCAAGACUAGUAGAAUCAGCAUGGUAGACCUCGCUGGUUUUGAGAGAACUUUACUUGACGAUGCUAGCAGACAGCAUAUAUAUAAUGAGAAAAUUGGAGAUCUACUGGACCCAACACAGCGAAAUCUAGAGAUAAAGGAUGAUGCCAAAUAUGGAUUUUACAUAGAGAACUUGACUGAGGAGUACAUAACCAGUUAUGAGGAUGUCAUCCAAAUUUUGAUUAAGGGGCUUACGAAUAGAAAGGUUGGUGCUACAAGCAUAAAUUCCAAGAGUUCCAGAUCACAUACUGUAUUCACGUUCACAAUUGAGUCCUGGUGCAAGGAAUCCUCAUCAAAAUGCUUUGGUAGUUCCAAGACUAGUAGAAUCAGCAUGGUAGACCUCGCUGGUUUUGAGAGAACUUUACUUGACGAUGCUAGCAGACAGCAUGUGAAAGAAGGAAAGUACAUAAAAAAGUCCACAUCACAACUCGGGCACUUGGUAAACAUCCUUGCAGAGAGAAGUAAUUCUGGGGGAGCCGAAGAUGUUCCAUAUAGAAGUUCUUGCCUAACUCAUGUGUUGAGAGAAUCAUUUGGUGGCAAUGCCAAACUCUCCAUUAUGUGUGCCAUUUCUCCUGAUAACAGGAGCAGUGGUGAAACAAUAAGCACACUUAGAUUUGGACAGCUGGCAAAGCUCGUGAAGAAUGAACCUGUAAUAAAUGAAAUAACAGAAGAUGAUGUUGAUGAUCUCAGCAACCAGAUUCGCCAGCUGAAGGAAGAACUUAUAAAAGCUAAGUCCAUUUCACGCAACUCAUUCACUAGCAAUCAAAGGAACUUCAGAGGGCAAAGUGUUCGUGAAAGUGUGAAUCAGUUAAGACUGAGCCUGAAUCGUUCACUGAUCUUACCAUGCAAAGACAAUGAUUCUGAAAAAGAAAUACCCGUCAAUGAGGAUGACUUAAAAGAACUAAGAUUUCAGAUUGAUAAUUUACAUAGUUCACAUGAAGAAAAUUCUGAGAACAGAGACUGCAAUCAAUUAUACUCUGCAGAAGGUUGUGAGACAGAUCAGGCCUGUGAACAUUACUUGAGCUGUUCAGAAGAAAGCGACCUUGAAGAAAUUAGUUCAAGAGUAUCUCAAACAGAAAUUCCAGAUCUAAACAACACCAUAUCAGUGGGUGACCUCGAUAGUAUCCCGAAGAAGUCAAUGGUCAUUCAUCCUUCAUUAAGCAGUAGCUUUUCAAUCAGUGAAUGCCCUCAUCGUGCAGUCCUCCAAGAUCCUGUGUUCUCUGAGUCUCCAAAAAUAAGUACUCAAAGGAAAAGCACAGUUUUCUCAGCAAAUCAUCGGUCGAAUCAGGAUGUUGUGACCUCCAAAAAUCUGGAUGUCAGACAGUCGAAUCAACAACAUGAUCAUAUUAAAUCAUCCUCUCUAAGGUCUUCUAGAAUAUUUCCAAGCCCAACUGAAUCCUUAGCUGAUAGCCUGAACAGAGGCUUACAGAUCAUUGACCACCACCAGGGGAACUCUGCAUCAACUAGAUCAUUAGCUUCCUUCUCUUUUGAACACUUUGCACUCAAAUCCUGUCCAUCAACUGAAAAGGUCAAUGCUUCUGUUCAAACCUCACCACAUGACGAACAAUCUUCAGAUGCACCUUUUGCUUCCUUUGUCUGUAUGACAUGCCAGGGGAGAGAAAUUUCUGCCUCUAAUGAAGCUUUUAAUAGAUUAUCAACUCAAGUGACCAGGCUUGAUGUAGAGAGAGAUUUGGCUAUGGCUAUUAAGAGAGAGAAGGAGCUUGACAGUAUUUGCAAGGAGCAAGCAGCUAAAAUAGAGCAUUUAAACCUAUUGCUAGAGAAAUGCAAUUGCACGACAAAUGAGAAUCCUACCAAUAAGCACAAAAUUGAGAAAUGCAACUCACCAAUUAACGAAAAUAAGCUUCUGACAUGGGAUGGUCAUGAAAACCAUGAGCCGGAGUUUAUAAAGGAGAAGUGUGAAAUAAAAGAAGUCCAGGAAGAGUUAAAUCUCAGCAGGGAGAAAGAAUCCUUUGAUGUGGAAGAGAGGGAAGCACUUCUCAAAGAAAUUGAGAUUCUAAAGAGCAAAUUGCAGUCAUAUACUGUUACACCUACAAACAGAUCAGUUGACAGAUGCAGAUCCUCUUCGUUGUCGCAGUCAAUCCAGUUGAGAAGAAGUAGUGCAUGUGCUCGAGGUAAUAGUGAGGAAGAAUUUGAAAAGGAAAGAAUAGAAUGGAUGGAAAUAGAAAGUGAUUGGAUUUCAUUAACUGAUGAAUUGAGAAUUGAAAUCCAAUCUAACCGUCAACAAGCAGAAAGGGUGGAGAUGGAGUUGAGAUUAGAGAAGAACUGUACAGAGGAAUUGGAUGAUGCACUCAAAAGAGCUAUCAUUGGGCAUGCUAGAUUGAUCGAGCACUAUGCUGACCUGCAGGAGAAGUACAAUGACUUGGAGGGAAAGCAUCGAACAGUUAUGGAAGGGAUAGCAGAGGUGAAAAGGGCAGCUGCAAAAGCAGGAGCCAGAGGUUGUGGUUCUCGUUUCGCAAAGUCACUAGCACGGGAGCUUUCAGUUUUGAGGAUGGAAAGGGAACGGGAGAGGAAGCUACUGCAAAAGGAGAAUCAGAGUCUUAGAAUUCAGAUCAAAGACACUGCAGAAGCUGUACAUGCUGCAGGUGAACUACUUGCUAGGUUGAGGGAAGCAGAGGAAGAGACUUCAGUGGCUGAGGAGAAGAAUACUAUGAUCCAGGAAGAGAAUGAAAAUUUAAAGAAACAAAUAGAGAAGCUGAAGACAAAGCACAAGAUGGAGAUGAGCACAAUGAAACAGUAUCUUGCAGAGAGCAGAUUGCCUCAAGCAGCAUUACAGCCUCUUUAUCAUGAAGACUCCAAUUUAAUACACCAAGAUACAACCCCAAUCCCUGACGAUGAUCAAUCUUGGCGAGCCGAAUUUGGAGCAAUAUACCAUGAACAUUACUGA